AUGACAAUAAUAUAUGUAUUAUAUGAUUCUGAUUGUGCUGAUAUGGCAAUACCCGAGUGGAUCUCACCGACUAACAUAGCAACAGUUUUUACAAUUGAAGACCUGUGCGAAAAACUAGAUGAUAAUGCUAAUGAUACAAUAUUUGUUGUUAUAUAUACAUCAAGAUUUGUUAUGAAUAUUGAAAACUUAAAAUUUUCCGAUAACAUUUCCUAUUAUCUCUAUUGUGAAGAAGCAACUCAAAUUGUACAAACACACGAUUGUUUACAAUUAGAACUAAACCUAGUCCAACGAGGCCGUGUAAAAUCGAUUUAUAAUUAUUCAUCCGUUUGUUUACAAUUGGGCUACGACAUAGCCAUGUACUAUAUGAACCAGGGACAUAAAUAUCGUCGUUUGAACAAGUAUGAACGAGCAAAUCACGAAUAUAACGAAGCUGAAAAAGUUUAUAACUUAAUUAAUAGAUAUUUAGUUAGCAAUAUACAAGCUGAUACUAGCACAAUAAUCAAUUCAACAAAAAUCCCGGCUGCUAUCAAGAGUAAUCCACAGUUACCAACGUGGAAAGAAAGAAACUGA